GUUACACCCAAUAUUUUCUCUGAGCGGCUUCCUCAGUCGUACAGGGGUAUUAUUGGUGUUAUGCCAACCCCUCAGUAUCUCGUGCGUAACCUCUCCUCCCAAUCCCAAUUUAUUAUUAACGCCCACCCAACGAGUAGGGUUGCCAAAACCCUAGAAAGCAGAAACCUCCUGAUUUUCUUCUUCACUCCAAGCAUUUCCGCUUAAAAUCUUUCAUUAUUUUUGUUACACCUGUUUCAGAUUUUUUGUUUUUCUGUUUUUCAGGAUACGGAAAAGGAACAGAAGCAGAUUUGUGCCUUCGUAUUUCGAUAACCACUGUUUCGUUGGUUUUCGUGAUUGUUUUUGUUUUGUUUUUUUGUUCUGAUGGGUGUUUUUGUGUUCUGAUGAAACUAGGGUUUCUCUGCCUACUCAGCGUUUCGAGCCUGUGAAUCGAACAUCACUGGUGAGUAUCAUAAAAAAGGAGGAAAUUUAGAACCAAAAAUGUCGUCACCAUAUCCUGUUCUUGACAAUCGUCCAAUUGAUCAGUGGAAGGUAACAGAGCUAAAAGAAGAACUUAAGAGACGUAAAUUGGCCACAAAGGGGUUAAAAGAAGAUCUGGUAAGGCGGUUGGGUGAAGACAUUCACAAUGAAAUUGAAAGUGCUAAGGGAAAUUCUGACAAUGGUAUUGAAAGUGCUCCACAAGAUGAGGUUCAGUCUGAAGAUUCAAGGACAGUUCCAGCUGUUGCCGAGACAACUAAGGACAUUAUGGAUCAUGGUGACAACACAAAUGAGGAUGUGGAUGUCGAUGGGGAUAUGCUUCAGGUUGACAUUGAUGUCAGCCGGGGGUCUUUGGAUAAGGAAAUAGUUUCAGGGGGGGAAUUAAUAGGUGGUUCUAAUUUGGCUGCCAUGGAUGGGAAGCAGGUAGUUCAAGUUACUUCUGUGGAAACCAGUGUCAUCGUCAGUGAGACCGUGGUGUCUGAAAUUGCUUCAGGUGGGCAAGAGUUGCAGAACAAUGAUAUUCAGUAUGAGAGUGGGGAAUCAAAAGAUCUGAUGGCGAAUGAGGAUUCAAAGGAUCUGCUGGUGAAUGAGGAUUCAAAGGAUCUACAGGUCGAUACAAAGCUCUGCUCAUCUGAUCUAAACAACCAGGUAUCUGAGGUCAACCCUGAUUUAGGGUUCCAUGUAAAAUCUGAUUCUUUUUGUAUUGAUUCUGUCUCAAUUAAUGAAAAGAAUGAACUGAAGGAUAAUAUAAUUGCUGAUGAUGUAAAAUUAGAACUGGAUAUUAAGCAUGAGAUGGUGCCAUCAUCCAGCAAUUAUGCCUCCGAUGGUGGCAAAUCACAUCCCAUGGAUGUUGAAGAGCCACAUGAGAACAAGGUAUCUACCGAAGAGACAAUUGACGAUAAUGUUGAAAAGGCAGAUAUAGGCAAGAAAAUUGAUAGUGGAAAUAUGUGUUCAUCAGAAAAAUUAAAUUUAGAUCGAAGUUCUGGAGAGGAUUCAAUGGAGGAGGAUGUGUUGGAGAGUAAACAGAUUGAUUCAACGCUUAAUAUUGACAUAUUGGGAGAUAGGGUUGACAAAAUUGAUGUGCCUGUGGUUGAUGAAGGUCUCAUUGAUGUUAUGGGAGAUGACUUACCCGCCGAAGAGAAAAAUACUAGUGUUGAAAGUAAGAAGGGUACUGCUGUGGGAUCUGUGAAAAGAAAGCUGCAUGACAAAGAAACACUUGUGAAUAAUGAGACUACAAAGAGGCAGCGCAGGUGGAACUCCGAAGGCCUUAGAGUUCCUGAACCACAGAGCAGUAAUGUUGUGGCAUCUACCACUCCUAAGGAGGCAUUUCAGCCUACUAUGAAAAACACCUUUUCUAGAUCUAACUCUACUGUUGGUGAAGAAAAGCCUAAGGAACGUGUUGUUCCCCCAUCGCCCAAGGCUCCGACAAAUUCUCUUAGAAUUGAUCGUUUUCUGCGCCCUUUCACCUUGAAAGCUGUGCAAGACCUUCUUGGCAAAACAGGUGCUGUUACCAGUUUCUGGAUGGACCACAUUAAAACCCACUGCUAUGUCACAUAUUCUUUGGUGGAAGAAGCUGUAGAAACUCGAAAUGCAGUGUACGACUUACAAUGGCCACCAAAUGGAGGACGUCAACUGGUGGCUGAGUUUGUUGACCCCCAGGAAGUUAAAAUGCGGGUUGAGGCUCCUCCACUGUCACCUGUGACUCCUGUCAGCACAGGUGCUAUCGUCCCUUUGACUUCUCCCACUAUUCAGCCCCAGCCAUCUCCCCGGCUACAGGUUCAGAGGCCGCAGCUUCCACCACCACCUCCUCUCCCACCUCCACCACCAUUGGCUAACCCACCUCCUGCAAGGGAACACCUUCCCCUGCCACCCCCACCUCCACUUCCUGAGAAAGUUGACCCUCCAAUUGUCACUCUGGACGAUCUCUUUCGCAAGACCAGAGCAAUCCCUCGCAUCUAUUACUUACCAUUGUCUGACGAACAAGUUGCAGCAAAGCUGAGAGCACAGGGGAAAAAAGUCGGUCAGUAGGGAUCAGGCUGUAAUUUUAAACCAAGCUGCUCAGCGGGGAUAUUCUAAUGGAUUGAUCAGUACGUAAUAGUGGUAAGAAAAUAUCAUAUAAUUGCAUAUUUGCAGGUCUGCAGGUGUUGCUUGUAUAAAGGAACUGUUUCGGUCAUGGUGGUGCCGGAGGAGCUGAUUCGUUGAUGGACUUUCGUUUUUCCAACGACUGCUUUGUGUUGAGACUGGAUUGAAGUUGUUCUUUGUACCCCCUGCAUUGAGUGGACCAAGUCAUCUUUGGUUCCUUUCAGUUUUUCUUCUAACUCGGAAUUUUAGGUUUGUUAAAACUAGAGUUUUCUGAGAUUCGCAUCCUAAUGAAUCAUGUCUCUCUAUGGAUCUGAUGGAUUAGAACAACUUAAAUUUGUUUCAAAGGUGUAGAAUCUGGAAAUUGUGGUACGUUCUAGUGCAAUGCAGUUCUGAUACUACCUUCGUUGUCAGUAGUCUAAUAUUUGGAUCCUACUUAUAGCUUGUUGAUUAGGAUGUUUCUU